CCCGCGAAGCACGAGCCGCGCAGUCCCAAGAGCAGAAGAUUUCAGCACGGGACAGAUCCUGCACCGUCUCAUGGCAACAUGUCGACUGAGUUCCAUAACCUACAGGAGUUGAGACACAGUGUGUCUGUAGCCACCAAGGUGUUCAUCCAGAGAGACUACAGCCAAGGGACUACCUGUCGCUUCCAGACUAAGUUCCCCUCUGAGCUGGACAGCAGGAUUGAGCGGACCCUGUUGGAAGACACAGUGAAGACGUUGAACAGCUACUAUGCAGAGGCAGAGAAGAUGGGAGGCCAGUCCUACAUGGAGGGAUGUCUGGCGUGCGCUACAGCCUACCUCAUCUUCCUCUGUAUGGAGACACGUUAUGAGAAGAUGUUGAAGAAGAUCUCAGGGUACAUCCAGGAGCAGAAUGAGAAGAUCUACGCCCCCAGAGGUCUAUUACUGACAGACCCUAUAGAGAGAGGCAUGAGAGUCAUCGAGGUGAGUGUGUUUGAGGACCGCGGCUCGAGCGGCUCUAGCCACAGCAGCAGUGUGUCAUCUGGUGGCAUCAGCCAGCGGUGACUGGAGGAUCAGCACCAGGGAUAUGGGUACCACCACAGAAGCGGCAGAUCUUUCAUCAACAUCCGCAUGCUGAAACAAGAGAGCACCCGCUUCUGAUUAUAGAUGUAUAUCAAUGUAAUCAAUAUACUAUCUCUAGUUUAGAGUAUAGAUGCAUAUCUAAUCAAUAUACUGUCUCUAGUUCUGAGUAUAGAUGCAUAUGUCAUACAGGAAGUAAACAUUGAUUGUAUAUACUAUCUGUAGAUGUGUGCCAGUGAGACUAAAGAGAGAGGCCAGGAUGAGGCUACUGAAGAACAGGAGCAGACAUGGAAACACACAUCUUUGAGUAUCUGAUGGUUAGACUCAUGUUUCUGGCAGACUACUCAUUCAGCCGACUGUCAUUCUGCUGUGUCACCAUUCCCUGUGUUUCCAUGACUUCAAUUGGAACUAUUAUGCCAUAGCCAAUACAGAUGUAGGAUCUUAAUUUGAUCAACCUGUUCCAGGAGAACUUUCCUGCUAAGCAGGAAAUGUAAAAUGUGUAGUGUAUUUGAGGUUUAAAAAGGCUUCUGAAGUCUGUAAUUUCCAAAAUGUUAACGUGUCAAUUUCCACUUAAAAAAUGGAUCAACCCCUACAAAUAUGUGAAUUAAUUAUAAUCCACAAAGUAAUUCACAUUUCCUGUUGCUGCAGGAUUAUUUUCCUGAUGUAGCAAACUGGAUCAAAUUGAAUAUUUUGAAGUAGUAGUAUUUGAUUUAUUUUAUUUCACCUUUAUUUAACC